AUGGGCCAUGGCAUCGGUGCCAUAAAAGAUGCCGGCCUGGCUCCGUUUGCAAGGGUGUUUGCUGCUCACAAAUAUACGGCUGUCAUCUUCGACUACCUACAUUUUGGCCAAAGUGCCGGGGAACCACGGAAUCUCAUGGAUAUCGGCCAACAGCUUCAGGACUUUCGGGAUGUGAUUAGCUGGGUACGACGUCAGCCAGACAAGUUCGAUGUUGGUCGAAUUGUGGCUUGGGGAACAAGUUUUGGGGGAAUGCAUACCACGGCUCUACUUGCGGAGGACCACGAACUCGCUGGUGCAAUUGCCCAGUGUCCAUGUGUGGAUGGGCUAGCAGCUGCUAUGCAAGUCCCAUUUUCCAUGACAUUACGUCUGACUUGGUCUGCUUUGUACGACCUAGGGCGUUCGUUCUUCGGCUUUGAACCUGUUUAUGUCAACCUAACGGCAGAUGGCCUGCCUGGUUCGCCACUAGCUAUCAUGACCGGACUUGAUGUAAUGGAAGGAUGGAAUCGCCUUACCCCGGAAGAAGACGUCCCAUUUCCAAAUAAGAUCACAUCUCGGUCACUCCUUAGCUUCUUUGUCCAUCGCCCAGUACGCCAUAUUCACCGAAGCACAAAACCAUAUCUCAUCGUCCUUCCGACUUGGGAUGGUCAAGCACCAUUAGGUGCCGCAGAAAAGGCAGUUGAACUCGCUCCUAAAGGGGAAGGGUUGAGAGUACCAGGGGGGCAUUUCGACCUUUACUUCUCCGGACCUGCCUUCACAGAGAAUAUCAUGGGCCAACUUGAAUUUCUCAACAAGGUUUUAGGUAUGCACAGUACAUAA